ACACUGCCAUGCACGCAAGGAGCAGCGACAAUUUGCAUACAAUACAACAAAUAUUAAAUAAUAAAGAACUAAGCUUAAGAACUAAUAACUAAUUAAGAAGAUCAAGUCGCAUCCAGUCGUUUGCAGCGUGUCCGCGUAAGUUAAGCCACAGUGAAAGGAACAAGAGCAAAGUCAACAAAAUACCACCAGCGCGCUGCCGAAGACCGUCAAAAUUCUCAGCCACACACCACCUUACAGCACCUGCAACUUAUUAGCUGCCACCACGCUCCACAAACAGCCAGCCAUCAUGUUCGUCAACUCGAUGACGUUCCGUGGCAACCCGGCGAACUAUCACCAGCAGCAGCCGGCGCUGAACCACCAUACGCUGGCCGCUGCACAUCACCAGCAGCAGCUGCAUCACCACGCUGCCGCCGGUCACCUGGGCCAUGUCGGCGGUGGCCACGCGGCCAGCAAUCACCUGGCCGCUGCGGCUGUGCUCGGCAGGCACGGGCAUAGUUCGGUGACCAGCGGGCACACAACCAGCUCGUCGCACUCCGCCGGAGCGCUGGCCAGCGGCAGCACUGGGAGUAGCGCCAGCUCGCCAGACAGCGGCAAGAUCUACAUCAAGAAUCUGGAGCGGUCGAUCGACAACAAGGCGGUGUACGACACCUUCUCGGUGUUCGGCAACAUUCUCAACUGCAAUGUGGCCAAGGACGAGGAUGGCAACUCGCGCGGCUACGGCUUUGUUCACUUCGACUCGGAGGAAGCCGCUCGCGCGGCCAUCGAGAAGGUCAAUGGAAUGCUGUGCAAUAAUCAGAAAGUUCAUGUGGUCAAGUUCAUUCCUCGGCGGGACCGUGAGCAGGAGAAGGCGACCCACUUCAAGAAUCUGUACGUGAAGAAUCUCAGCGAGGAGUUCACCGAGCAGCACUUGCGCGAGAUGUUCGAGCCCUAUGGGCGCAUCACCAGUCACAAGCUGAUGCUCGACGAGGAGGGACGCUCACGCCGGUUUGGAUUUGUGGCUUUUGAGAAUCCACAAUCGGCGCUGGCCGCCGUUAUUGGACUCCAUGGCAAACAGCUGGGCGACAACAAGUUCUUGUACGUGGCCCGUGCACUCAGCAAGGCCGAGCGGCAGCAGGAGAUCAAUCGCAAGCUGGAGGAGCGUAAGCGCCAGAAGGCCGGACAAAUAUUCUACUACUAGAUCCCGGAACGACGAUUGGCAGCAAGGCAGCAGAUUUUACAGGAGGAGUUUACUUGGAACCCACAUACAUAAAAUAAACAACCACACAUACAUAUAUACCAACAUAUAUAGAUAUUUACGAAGAAAUUAUAUAUUGUGCAGCGAAACGUACAUCCAGGCAGCAAGGAAAGGAACGCAAAGGAACCGAAAGGAAUGGAAAGGAAAAGAAAGGAAAGGCAUGGAUCCGGCACAUUGAUGACAAUUAGAUGUAGGCAAACGUUUUGCAACACAGUUGAAAUUUAUAAAAGAGACACAAGAUCGGAAACACAAAAGCGAAAACCAAGAACUCGUGCUCGAACUCUAACUCUAGCUCCCAUUCAAAAAAAGCGGAUUUCUAGGCACUAGACUAGACUAUCCCCCAACAAACAGUUUCUUAACAUUCACUAGCGUUUUUUUGAAAUUAGAUGUUUGUCUUUACUGUUGAACUUAGUGAGCAGAGAAGAAGCGAAUGCUUCUCGCGGAAUCAGCUUCUAGCCUAAAAUAACACACACUGCGUAAACUACAAAUUUCUUGAAUGUAUUUACAUACACCACAGCCCAUACCCCCGCACUGUCCCAUCCCCAUUCCCCCUCUGGCAGCAUAAUUAAGUAGAAGAGAUUGAAGAAGCGUUGGCAUCUAGAGCCACGCCCAGAGAAGAUCCUGGGCAUAAUUUCAAUAUUUACACAUACACAUAAAUAUAUAUUAAAUAAAACAAAACGAAAAAAAAACACAAAAAACAAAGAAGAAAAGGCAAAAAAAAAAAAAAAAGAUAUUUAUAAAUAUAAUUGAUGUAACCUCUAUUAACAAUUGAUGCACUCACUCAACGUAUAUACAUUUAGACAUAUAUAUACUAAAAAUAAUGUAAAACCCCAUUACACGCCGUAGUUAAAAGGCGUUUAUAAUACUCACACACACCCCACUCUACUCUAAUGCUAAUCCUUUGACGAAGAAAUCAAGUGCAACCCACACGUAAUUUACAAGUUGAACAAACGCAAAAAAAACGAAAAGAAGAGAAAAGAAAAGAAAUGAAAGAAUAGGACAGAAACGAAAAAUAUGCAUCCAUCUCUUGUGGAGAGUUCAUGAGUAUUACAAAUUUUAGCAAUUACAAGACAGUGUUGUAACUAAGUGUAAAUUGUUUCCAGUAGUAAAAAAAAAGCAAAAAACAAAUAACAAAAGAUAAACAAAAACCUAAAAUGACAGACACACAGAGCAGCAAGACAGCAAGGAAAAGAAACUUAAACUAAAACUAAAUCGAAUUGAAUUGAAUAUAACCAAUACCAGGGGUGUACACAAUGCAAUAUUUAAACUUUUUAGAAUAUUAUUAUAAUGGAUACAAGGCACGAAAUGAGACACUAAUAUGGAAAUAGUUUGAGCAAAGGCCACGGUGGCGUGUAUACAAAUUUAACCGGAAAAGAAAAAAGAAAGCAAAAGAAAAAUACAUAAAUAAUUUAAGAUUAUUGAGCUUAAUUUUUAAACAAGUUUCCAAGAACAGAAAACCAA